CCGAAUCUUUGUAUAUUUUAUUUGAUUUCCAAACAUUAAGUAUUUGUUUUUGAAUCAUUAUAUGAUUAUUAAAACGAAAGUCAUCUACAAAAAUUUGUAGUUGAAACCGUCUAAUAAUCUAUUAUUAUGCAAGUCUUCUAUUCCUUUUUUGACAUGACAAAUCGCAGUAGCUUACUACCCAAUUUCGACGUUAUCUCGACAUAAAGUAUACAUUUUAUAUGGAUAAAUGCUACGAAUUAAACUUCCAAACGAGAUUAUAAAUCGAACAAUUUGACGACUAUAGUCUUUAUAAAAGAGCAAAAGCUAGUUACGGUGCGUCGGUAUUUUCAAGGGAAUAUUUUGAAUUAAAUUUGUUAGUCUCUUUGUGUAAUUCAAAAUACUGUAAAAUGUGUGUGCGUUUACUAAUUUGCAUGAUUAUAUUUGCACAGCUCGCAGUAAAUAUAACAAAUGCUGCAAUGUCAAUGGAACAACUCGAAAAAGCUGCGAAAAAUGUACGAAAUACUUGUACGUCAAAAUCUCGUGCAGACCCUGGAGCUAUCGCAGGAAUACAAAAAGGAAAAUUUCCAGAUGACAAUCAAACUUUAAAAUGUUAUACCUUAUGUGUAAUGAAGACAAUGCGAACGUUCAAAAAUGGACGUAUAGAUUACGAAAUGAUGAUUAAACAAAUGGAUCUAAUGCUGCCAGCUGACAUGGCGAGUGCUAUGAAAGUAACUGCAACUGAAUGUGCAACGAUACCAUCUGGUGUUGAUGAUUGUGAUACUACUUAUCAAUUUGUGAAGUGCAGCUAUCAAACGGAUCCAAAUCACUUCUUAUUUCCUUAAUUAAAACCAAACGCAGAAAAUGUGAUUGCGUUCAACAAGAAGCUAUAAGAUUCACUCCUAAAAAAGGCAUAAAGUCGAUACUCGCAACUAUCAAAAUAUUGUCAUCUCUUUUUCACGACGCUGAUUGGUUCUCUUACUGCACUAACUUUGUAAACGGCUGUCAUCGCGGAGUUAACAAAUAAUUUAUAUAAAUGGUUAUUGUUACAAUUUAUUUGUGAAAAGUAAAAAGUAGAAAGUAAAAAAUUAAAUAUUGUUCGUGAUGGGCGCAUCUGUAUGUCUAAUGUCUAAUUUUUAGUAAAAAAUAAAUAAUAAUGCUCAAUGUA